ACGCAGCAAACUCCCGUGGACAGAAGCGUCAACCCUACCAGGACCGGCUUCUAUAUCCUCAAACAUCGCUUUCAAUGGCGCAAAUAGUAAGACAUACCGAAAAAAAUGUCUGUGAUAAGGUCUGCAACGAGACCAGGCGAAACAAAAAGGAUCAAACCCGUUGAAACGACGACACGCUACCGGCCUGCUCCUCCCAACCGAAUGCACCAGAACUGCAGAAUUCCUUAUACAAAUGCGCAUCAACGAAUAUCAACCGUCACAUAUACCAACAUAUUCCAGACCUUCAUAUGGACAAAAAACGUGAGGAACAACCGUAGAAAAGAAAAUGACAAAUGAAUGCCUCCGGGCCGUUUAAGCCGGGGACUUGUUGGCACCAGCUCCGUUGCGACGAGAGUGGCCAUCCUCGCCCACAGUCAAUCCUCCAAGACCGGUGGAGAGAA